AUGGCCAUUCUCCCUCUAGCUAACGAGACAGUUAAGAGAAUAUUAAAUGAAAAGAUUAUUAAAGAAAAUUUACUUAAUGUUUUAAUCGAUUCGGCUGACAAAGAAACCAUUUCAACAGGUGAGGAUAUUUACUACCAAGAAAUUUUUUUUAACGGCAAUACUUAUCAUGCAACUAAUGAUGCUUUACAACAUUUAGGAGACCGAGAUUGCUUACAAUUAGUCCUUGAAUUUAAAAAUGACAAAGAGAAAAUUGACUCCAUUCGUUCGUUUUUAGGAGAAAAUUAUAAAGCCAGCGUGGACUAUUAUUCAGGAAAAAAAUUAAAAGCAGAAAAAGAAGGAGAUAAAAUUUUGGUGCCGGACCCCGAAAAAGUAAUUUUUAAAAUCCGCAGUUCAAAGGCUGAUAAAGCCGAGGCUGUGGCCAAACUGGCCGCUUAUUAUAAUAUUGACGAAUCACGGAUUAUUGCUUUUGGCAAUGAUGUUAAUGAUAUAAAAAUGAUUGAAAAUGUGGGGUGGGGCGUGGCUAUGUCAAACGGAAAUGACGAUUUAAAGCCUUACGCUCGCAGCAUCACUAGACUUGAUAAUCACCACGGGGGA